GAUCACUUAGAGCAUAGCAAGAGAAUGGAGCAAACCUCGAUGCCACUGCGAACUCAUGUUGCGCUCCAUCCGCUUUUGCACUAUUUUAAUAUUCUGCUGAAUCUAGUGACAUCACUGGUCGCUUUUUUCAUUCUUAUUUUUGCCUGCAAAAGUGUGCAAUCCAAACGGGCCGUAAUAUGGAUGUAUAUUCGCAUUCUAAUCGGGAUUUUUCACUUUAUCUCUCUAUUCUACUUUGUGCAGUUCUUUUUCGUUUGGAAAAAGAAGAAACGAUAUGACGUAUGCUGGACUACUCUGUUCAGUAUCCUUUACAUUACAGUCCUGGCAAUUGAGUUUUCCUGGAUGGUUAUUGGUUCCGUAUUCUACAAAUAUGUAGCAGAAGUGAAUCUUACCUGGUUCCAUAUUUUCGCCCUCACUUACUUGAUUUGCUGCUGGCUCGAGAUCGUCUUUCUCCCCACAACAUUUUUAUGCCUUCUGAUUGUGCAGUUUCGGCGCUACCGGCGCUACCACAAGAUUGCCAACGAGUCAAACGAAGGUUCCGAUCGAAAUCCUGCUUUCCGAGACAAGGACUACAUUACCGGUGGUUGCUGCGCCUGUUGUGUGGCCGAUGAUGAAGACCGCUGCUGCUGCUGCCGCUGCGCUUGUUGCGAUCCGAAGGGACUGUCAUCGUCGUACAUUAUGGGCGAUGAAGAGCUCCGCUUGCAGGAUGCCUCAAGGGACCUUUCCUCGUCUUCCUGCUGCUGUAGAGGCUGCGCGGACGAGGAUGACCGCGAGCUCUCCUCGGUGCGUCUCUCUCCCGAGUUGGAAGAAACGCCCAGCAAUCCAAAUCAAAUCGGCGCUCCGAGGCCAAUUCCUGAAGCUACGCAGCCAGUGCAGCCAGUGCAGCCUGUGCAGGCAGCACAGCCAGUGCAAUCUGCGCAGCCUGCUGGAACGACUCGAGUUGUUCAGCCUGUCCAUUUCAUGCAGCCCGUGUGUGUGGUUCAGCCUGUUCAACCUAUUCGGUCAGUACAGCUCGUGCAGCCUGCGCAGUCCGUUCAGCCGGAUCAGACGCAGCUCGCUGCGGGGCAGAUGCAGCAACCCCAAUUGGCUCAAGAAGUGAGGGAUGUGGACACUGCUGCGCGCGAUGUGGAAAUGAGGAGUUCGUCUGUUUCGUUCAAUGGCAUGCGCUUGAUAGAGGCUGUUGCAGAUGAUGGAAGUGGUAGAACUGUAUAUAUAGCUAUCCCUUAUAUCUGUUUGUUCACAAAAAGGGUCUAUUUUUGCUGUACGCUAUACAGCAACUCUAUAAUUCCUCUAGAAAAGCCAAAACAGUAA